AUGGUUUGCGAAAAAUGUUGGUCCUUCUCCUCUUAUGCUUAUCCCCCCACGUCUUCUAGGUGAGAAAAAAUUGGGCCAGAUUGUCACACCCGAUCCAUGGAAGGCCGGUGCCCGAAAUGUGGUCAAAGGUGGCCGCAAGUUGAACGAAAACAAACUACUCACGGGGUCAAAGAGUCGUUUUAACCCCUACACAAAGUCUUUUCGAAAGUGCCGGAUUUGUGCCCAGAGCGUGCACCAGCCUGCCUGUCAUUACUGUCAGGCCUGCGCCUUUAAGAAGGGCAUUUGUGCCAUGUGUGGUGUGCGGUUGGUCAACACCACCAACUACAACCAGAGUUCAGUCUAA